GCGUUUCCUUGUCUGUGUGUCAGUCGAGCGACGGUGCGGAAUGGCGAGCUAAAACCGUUAAACAAAAGCGAUCGGUCAGAUUUAGUGAUCUGCUUCACGGUUUCGGUGCUUCACUAACCGAUGGACGUGACCGCGCGCCGCUCGAGGUAGAAUCGGCCCCGCCGCUGUGAUUUCCCGCUGAGUGUGUGUGUGAGAGAGAGACAGUCAGUGAUGAUGACCGCGGAGCUGCUGCUGUCUGAGCUGGACAGUCGCUUCUGCGCCGAUAACCUGCUGACCAGCGCGGACUGGGAUGCCUGUCUGUAUCAGUGUGAGGAUAUGGAGGAGGAUUUCACCGGAGAACUGAAAUAUGACACAUCGCUGGACCGUGAUCUUGUCCUCACGCUGGACCCUGAUAACCCCACUGCACCAUGGAAGAACCUGGAGAACCCCUUCACAGGUGAAGUGUCAGUCAUGAAGGAUGAAAUGACGAUAACACAACCUCUGUCAGUGGACAUGUUUUUCCAGGUGAAGACUGAACCUCCGUCACCUGCGUCGUCUCUGACCUCUGACAGCUCCAUCCCAUCUUUACCUGAGCCUCAGGUGAAGAGCGAGAACCCGCCCACUCCACCGUACAUGUGUGGAGACGUGCUGCCGCCGCUGACCAGUGUGGAGGUGACCCUCGCCAGCAUCACUGCUCCACAUCAGCCUCGGACCAUACAGCCACACACUCUCAGCAGCCUCGACACACACACCACAGUGCUCUCCUCCGCAGCGACGCUGAAGGCCAGCAGCAUUCUGAGCAGUAAGCCUCUGAUCCAGCCCAAACCGGUGUGUGUGGCUCAGAGCAGCAGUCCGGCCAAAGCUCUCCUCCUGCAGAGCAUCCCCGUCCCAGCCAUCGAGCAGAACAUCACGCCGGUGGUUCUGUCUCAGUCCGUGUGUCUGGCUUCUGCUCCCGCUAUUGUUAAAAUGGAGCCUUUGUCUCCCAGCAUGCCUCACUGCACCAGCCCGUCAGCCCCGCCCCCCAGCAAACCCAUCAUCCCAGCGUCCAGCCUGCCCGGAAACAGCUGUGCUGACAUCAACAUGAAGGUUUUGAAGAGGCAGCAGCGCAUGAUCAAGAACCGGGAAUCGGCCUGCCAGAGCCGCAAGAAGAAGAAGGAGUACCUGCAGAACCUGGAGGCGCAGCUGCGGGAGGCGCAGCAGGAGAACGAGCGUCUGCGCAAGGAGAACCAAGCACUGCGGCUGCGGCUCGCCGGGAGAGAGGUCGCUGAGUCUGGCAGCAACAAGGGAGCGCUGUGUGUGAUGGCUCUGUUCCUCGUCAUCACCUUCGGCCCCAUCAGUUUGAAAGACAGGACGCUGGAAGCUGAACUGCAGGAAGCGGCUGCUCCGCUGACAGGAAGACGCCUGCUGGAGUUUGAGACGUCUCAGGAGCUGAACCGGAGACGAGCGAGCGAGAGACAGACGGACCGAGAGGAGGAAGAGCGCUGGAGCAAAGGAGAGCUGGACAAGAAGGCUGCGGUCUCGUAUCAGUUCAGGAAUCAGAGCGGUGUGUUCAGUGACGUCAAAGACCUGCUCCUGGAGGACAUAGACAGAUACUUCUCUGACUGCAGACAGUUCAACCGCUCCGAGUCCGUCAGGUUGGCGGAUGAGCUGCGUGGAUGGGUCCAGCGGCAUCAGAUCAACCGGAAGUCUGAUGGAAAGGCGAAGGUUGUGAAGAAGACUAAAAUAGCUCAGCAGAAAGCUCAGCACAGAAAGACAAACUUCUCCAGGUACCUUCCAAUUCAGGCUCAUCGCUCCAUCGAAAGUCAGCUGCAGGUGCUGCCCGGGCCGGAGAUCAGCUACAGCGACUUUCUGGAUGCUAUCGACCGGCGCGAGGACACUUUCUAUGUGGUGUCAUUCAGACGGGAUCACCUGCUGUUACCGGCCAUCAGCCACAAUAAAACCACUCGGCCCAAGAUGUCUCUGGUCAUGCCUGCCAUGGCCAUCAACGAUUCGGUGUAUAACUCGUCUCAGGGCGGCUAUGAGAUGUCCAGUAUGAAGCUGCUGGUUUGCUGGGCGAUUUCUCUUUUUGUCACUGAACCUGUUUUUGACAUAAAUGAUAAGAGAUUUGAGGCUGUCACAGAAUCUUCUGCCGUUAAUGUUUUCUACUCUUGA